CCUGCGCGUACCUGGAGUGCCAGAAAAAUGGUGGUGAUGGCGCGCCUCUCGAGGCCCGAGCGGCCGGACCUUGUCUUCGAGGAGGAGGACCUCCCCUAUGAGGAGGAAAUCAUGCGGAACCAGUUCUCCGUCAAAUGCUGGCUCCGCUACAUUGAGUUUAAGCAGGGUGCCCCGAAGCCCAGACUCAAUCAGCUCUAUGAGCGGGCGCUGAAGCUGCUGCCCUGCAGCUACAAACUCUGGUACCGCUAUUUGAAGGCGCGCCGGGCACAGGUGAAGCAUCGCUGUGUGACCGACCCUGCCUACGAAGAUGUCAACAACUGCCACGAGAGGGCUUUUGUGUUCAUGCACAAGAUGCCCCGGCUGUGGCUAGAUUACUGCCAGUUCCUGAUGGACCAGGGACGCGUCACACACACGCGCCGCACUUUCGACCGUGCCCUCCGAGCGUUGCCCAUCACACAGCACUCUCGUAUUUGGCCCUUGUACCUGCGCUUCCUGCGCUCACACCCCCUGCCUGAGACUGCUGUGCGGGGCUACCGGCGCUUCCUCAAGCUGAGCCCCGAGAGUGCUGAGGAGUACAUCGAGUACCUCAAGUCGAGCGACCGGCUGGACGAGGCCGCACAGCGCCUGGCCACCGUGGUGAACGACGAGCGCUUCGUGUCCAAGGCCGGCAAGUCCAACUACCAGCUGUGGCACGAGCUCUGCGACCUCAUCUCCCAGAACCCAGACAAGGUGCAGUCUCUCAGUGUGGACGCCAUCAUCCGCGGGGGCCUCACCCGCUUCACCGACCAACUGGGCAAGCUCUGGUGCUCGCUGGCCGACUACUACAUCCGCAGCGGUCACUUCGAGAAGGCUCGGGACGUGUAUGAGGAGGCCAUCCGGACCGUGAUGACCGUGCGGGACUUCACCCAGGUGUUCGACAGCUAUGCCCAGUUCGAGGAGAGCAUGAUCGCGGCGAAGAUGGAGACGGCCUCGGAGCUGGGGCGGGAGGAGGAGGACGACGUGGACCUGGAGCUGCGCCUGGCUCGCUUUGAGCAGCUCAUCAGCCGGCGGCCCCUGCUCCUCAACAGCGUCCUGCUGCGCCAGAACCCGCACCACGUGCACGAGUGGCACAAGCGCGUGGCCCUGCACGAGGGCCGCCCGAGGGAGAUCAUUAACACGUACACGGAGGCCGUGCAGACUGUGGACCCCUUCAAGGCGACCGGCAAGCCCCACACCCUGUGGGUUGCGUUCGCCAAGUUUUACGAGGACAACGGGCAGCUGGAUGACGCCCGCAUCAUCCUGGAGAAAGCCACCAAGGUGAGCUUCAAGCAGGUGGACGACCUGGCCAGCGUGUGGUGCGAGUGUGGCGAGCUGGAGCUCCGGCACGAGAACUACGACCAGGCCUUGCGGCUGCUGCGAGCGCUGCCCGUGCAGAAGGCGACGGCGCUGCCCGCCCGCCGCGCCGAGUACUUCGACGGCUCGGAGCCCGUGCAGAACCGCGUAUACAAGUCUCUGAAGGUGUGGUCAAUGCUGGCCGACCUGGAGGAGAGCCUCGGCACCUUCCAGUCCACCAAAGCCGUCUAUGACCGCAUCCUGGACCUGCGCAUCGCCACGCCCCAAAUCGUCAUCAACUACGCCAUGUUCCUGGAGGAGCACAAGUACUUUGAAGAGAGCUUCAAGGCAUACGAGCGUGGCAUCUCGCUGUUCAAGUGGCCCAACGUGUCCGACAUCUGGAGUACCUACCUGACCAAGUUCAUCGCCCGCUACGGGGGCCAGAAGCUGGAGCGGGCACGGGACCUGUUUGAGCAGGCGCUGGAUGGCUGCCCUCCCAAAUACGCAAAGACCCUGUACCUGCUGUACGCGCAGCUGGAGGAGGAGUGGGGCUUGGCCCGGCACGCCAUGGCCGUGUAUGAGCGCGCCACCAGGGCCGUGGAGCCCGCCCAGCAAUACGACAUGUUCAACAUCUACAUCAAGCGGGCGGCCGAGAUCUACGGGGUCACCCACACGCGCAGCAUCUAUCAGAAGGCCAUCGAGGUGCUGUCAGACGAGCACGCCCGGGAGAUGUGCCUGCGGUUCGCAGACAUGGAGUGCAAGCUCGGGGAGAUCGACCGCGCCCGGGCCAUCUACAGCUUCUGCUCGCAGAUCUGUGACCCCCGGACGACCGGGGCCUUCUGGCAGACGUGGAAGGACUUCGAGGUCCGGCACGGCAAUGAGGACACCAUCCGGGAGAUGCUGCGGAUCCGCCGCAGCGUGCAGGCCACGUACAACACUCAGGUCAACUUCAUGGCCUCCCAGAUGCUCAAGGUGACGGGCAGCGCCACGGGCACUGUGUCCGACCUGGCCCCCGGGCAGAGCGGCAUGGACGACAUGAAGCUGCUGGAACAGCGGGCCGAGCAGCUGGCGGCUGAGGCCGAGCAGGACCAGCCCUCGCGGGCCCAGAGCAAGAUCCUGUUUGUGAGGAGUGACGCCUCCCGGGAGGAGCUGGCCCAGCUGGCCCAGCAGGCCAACCCGGAGGAGAUCGAGCUGGGCGAGGACGAGGACGAGAUGGACCUGGAGCCCAAUGAGGUGCGCCUGGAGCAGCAGAGCGUGCCGGCCGCCGUGUUCGGGAGCCUGAAGGAAGACUGACUCCCAUCCCCUACCCCCUCCACUGCUCCCCCAGUGAAGCUUGUGUUUGUACGUUC